CGCAAGCUAUUACUAAUAUUGUGAAUGCAUAUUAUCGUUAUUACGUAAAAUGCUACAAUUUUCAGAGGUUUUAUGCCAAGUUCUGGAUACCAACGUACAGAAGAUCAGUUAGCAGAGCCAUCUUCCAGGCUAGAGAAAGGCAGUAGAGAGGAGAGGGACAACCAGCCUGAUAGAACGCAGCGGUUCGGCAUUUCAGCGUACGGGACCACCGGGUCUCCUUAUGGCGGUACCGCUCCAGGCAUUUACGGUCCAGUGAAGAUAGAUCUUGGCGGAGUACUUCUUGGUUCCAUUUUAGGUUUUGGCGCGGUUAUAAUACUGCCUAAAAUUAUACAUGCCUUUUCUUACGGAUAUGGCGGUGGUUACGGUAGAAGUGUGGAGACAGAUUUCAACCACGUAUCGGACAUGUUCAGCAAGUUAGAUGAAACAUUAAGUAGAUAUAAUGUCGAUACAGCGGCUUGCAUGCAGCGUUUAACUUGUUCUUACGUGCAACUCGCCAACGAAAACAUGGCCGCUGGAAAUGCGAGCGAUUUUGAUGUACUGCUUGCUUCUUUGUCGAGUAAUUCUCUGGUGCGUCGUAUGAUAGACGGCACGUCGGUGUUCGAAGCGAUGUCAGUCGGUAAAUCUCUGGAUACAGAUUGUCAAGUGGAAUAUCCCAAGUGCAAGUUAGAUAAGAAGACAGUUAUUAAAAUAAUGUCUCAGUUAUUACCAUCAUAA